CUCAUUAAUCAUGUGGACAGCUGGGCGCCUUCUUCCUCGGCUCUAUCCAUCGAGUCUGCGCAAAAUCAAUUCGUUGCCUCUGGCCUCAAGCGCCACCAGAAGGCGGCCACGCCCAGGCCGGGCUCGAAAUGGCGAUGCCGGGUCUAAGUCUGGGCGCACGUCGAUCCGUGGCAACCGUCUACUUGCCCGUAAUAGGCCUGCUCCUCUGCGCUCUUUCUCCCCUAUCAGCCUCGCUGAGCCCCACCCUCGACGAUGGCGGCACCCAAUUCAUCUUCUAUAACGGGACCAUGUCGGGCUCCUUUGUCAACAACACACCCGCUGCCUCCCAGCCAAACGUGACCGUCUGCGGUGAUGGUGGCGUCUACUACUUCAGCGACUUGACCGACGCGGGCCUGCGCAUAGGCGCCAACCCGCCGUGGGACACGAACCCCUUCUUCUUCCAGUUUGACCGCCACGGCAGCACGUCAAUAUCAAGGCCCCCGGUUGAAGACCGCAUUGAGGCUUUUGUACGCCCGUUUGGAGGUCCGGGUAACAUCUGCUCUAGCGCCGUCGAGUGCACUAGCGACGCCAUCUACAACCUGUACCUCGCCACGACGUACUACCUGUGCUACAAGGACGGCCAGCCCUGCGGGAACUCUAUAUUCUCCUCUCGGGCCUACGUCACGAAGCCUAUGCUAAACAUUACCGCGGCUUCCGUCUCGCGCGUCGGCGGCGUGCCCAUAGCGGAGGAUGACCCCGGGCCUUUCUACGCCGUCCGGGGCGACGAGCGGACGGCGCUCUACAACGGGACUGGCGACUACAACGACUUCAGCUUCCAGCGGCCGCAGAACUACUCUGACUCCACGCAGGGUAAGGACUGCGCCGACGGCAUACACUUCGUGAAUUCCUGGUCCUCUAAGACGGCAUUCACAUACGCGCUCAAUUUUACCAACACUACGGCCACGGCGGAGCUGACAUUCGGCUCGACUCUCGGAAACGUGACCCUCCUGUUCAGCGGCAGGCGGCAGGACGGCGACAACCCUGGCCUGGAGCCGAGCAACGUUGUGUUCGAGUAUUCGGCCAUCGCCCUGGCCAACCCAGCAGACUAUGAACUGCCCAAGUUCACGUUCGCAAACGGGUCCGACUUUACGUGGGUAUCAGAUAGCGAGGGGACGUACAGCGCGAGAUCUAUAUCGGCUGCCCGAGGCUGGGGUCCGGACUGGAGAGUCCUCGGCACGGCUGCAUUGGGCGGUCUCUGUUUUCUAUAUCUUAGCUGAAAGCUCAUGCCCAUAUAAAGAUUCACGGAAGUGUUAGAGUCAGCCAAGCUUGGUAUGAUAAUGAUGGGGAUGGGGACACGAUUAAUAUUUGUAGAGGCAGGAUGAGGCGAAACAAGUAAUGCCUUUAACUAGCCACUACAAUCAUCGUCUAGCCACAAACAAAUCAUUUCACCCAUGCAGUUGGCUAGGUAAUAACUGGCAACUAACAAAUUGAUAUUUUGCUAUCUAAUUGUUCUAAAGAGCAUCUAGAAUGCCAAUAUGACUUGAUUAUCAC